AUGUCGAAAAAGCUACUGACUUCCUUGACGAAUUGCUCCAAGCACAACGAAGAGUUCAAGCUUUACUGUCAGGAAGACGAUGUUCCUGUAUGUGUCAUCUGUAUUGUGGCUGGACGCCAUAAGGCCCACUCAGUGGUUACUUUGAACGAGAUGCUCAAACAUGCUAAGUCAAUGUUGGAGUCACAGGCUGGAGACCUACAGACGCACAUGUCGUUGAUCCAAAACAAUAUCAAAUAUAUUGCCAACAACAUUGUUGAAGUGAACGCCUCAACAUCAAGACUUCAGAAGCAACUAUCUCAGAAGUACAGGGAUAUGAUUACAACAUUGAAGAGGGUGGAGGAUGAAACAAUGGCCAUUGUCAAAGCCGAACAGAUGAAAAUCAUUAACUCCUUAAAUGAAAGCAUAAGCAAGAGGGCCAGAAACAUCACUUUGGACGUGGAAACCUCCCAUCCGACCCUGGAGAUCACUGACGAUGGCAAAGCAGUUUCAGUCAGAGAAAAUCCUCUGGACAUUCCCUUGUCGCCGAAGCGAUUCACUCAAGUGACUGCCGUGUUGGCCUCUGAGGGGUUUAACACAGGGAAGCAUUACUGGGAAGUGACCGUGCAGGAUAAAUCCAAUUGGAGUGUGGGUAUCGUGAAAGAGUCCAUGCCUAGGGGCGAAAACAGCAAUCUUAUGAACAGCCCAUUAGCCUGGUCGGUGGCUUUCCAGCAGACACUGUACCUGGCGUGGCACAACAAUAUCUCCACGCCCCUGGAGGUGACCCGGCUGCAGAGGCUCGGCGUGUUCCUGGACUAUGAGGCGGGCCAGCUGGCUUUCUACAAUGCCAACACGAUGACACCACUGCACACGUUCUCCGAAUCCUUCACCGAAACCGUCUACCCGGCCUUUAAUCCAGGGAGGAGCAACGAUAAGAUGAGGAAAGCUAUUUUGAUCUUGCGGGAUGUUGGGAGUGUGUAG